AUGGUGAAGCUGUUACUUUUGUUCGCGUUGCUCGCUUCUAAAGCAACGACGGAUCCGAACGCCGGCGCCGAUAGAAACUCAAAGACACGGAGGACUCGCACUAAAACAUUCACCGAUAGUUCGAAAGAAAGAUUAGUCUCUUUUAACUCGGAGGAAGAAAAGCUUAGUAUCGAUUGGGCCGUAACCAUUCCCUUUGUCUCGAUACCGCUCCAUCAUAGAAACGAGGAACACGGCCAAGUCUCGCCACUGGUUCACGUAAACACAAAAACUCUAGGAUUAGUUGGACUGUUGACUGGCCUGCUCAGUCUGGUUACGCCUCUAUUUUCGAAAACUCAUAGUAGCCAACUAAAUUAUCGAUCGGAGGAGAAGGAGCAUUGGUCGGAAAUGAAAAACACCAUCAACGAUAUGGUUUUCGGUAACAAUUACGUAGCUCCGUGUAUGCAACGAGUCGUUUGCUCGAUCGUUUCGGUCGCCGCGCACGCGGAAAGUCCGACGAGUAUGGAGAAAAUAAUCGAUGGAUUAUCGAGUCACGAGUGGUUUAAGGAGGUGACGAACGGUACGAUUAUUCAAGAGGCCAUAAACGCCGGUCGAAGAGGCAAUUACGACGAUUGCGAUAAUAUUUACAACGACUGCCCGAUCACGGCCAAACUCCUCAACACCAUGAUCAACGAGUUUGGCAUUGUUGUCUGACGG